UAUGAGUGACGCGGAUGAGGAUGCUUCGUGACGUCCGGCACGUGAAAUGUCGGAACAGGUGAUGCCUCGUCUUGUACCACGACACGAGGAAGUUGAGAAAUUAUGGAUCAGGAUCGGAGUGACUCGUCUACCGUCGACGAUGCCGGUCCGAUCUUUUAACAUCGAAGACCUGCUCGAUUAUAACAAAGACGAAUUUUCUGUUGAUCAUAAAUCAGUGCAGCCGGAAAACAAGCAAAAUAAAGAAGUGAUCAUCAUCGACGUGGAGAAUCAUCAAAGAGAUGCAGAUCGUAAAAACCGCAAAGAUCGAGCCCAUAAUUCAGAAGUACCGUUACCUAUUUACAUCCGCGCCGAUGCCAAAUUUUGCGGCUCGUGGCCACCAAAGAGACGCAUUCGGACCGUCUUCACAGUGGGUCAGAUUAAUCAACUGGAGAAACGGUUUCAGACACAGCACUACUUGACGGCGGGAGAACGGAUCGACUUGGCACGCCACCUCAACUUGACCGUCUUGCAGGUGCGCAAUAGAAUACAGAAGAAAAAAAAAAGAAAAGAAAAGAGCCGCAUGCUGUUGGUGAUCUAGUUCCCCAUAAAUAAUGUAAUAAUACGAU